GGAUCAGUCAAAGCUCCGCUCCCCCCGCCCUCCUCCCCCAGCUAUUUGCCAGCCAGCUCUGCAUACAGGCAGCCAGCCGCUCACCGUCCUGCUGCUGCGCGGAGUCCGGUCUUCUCCCUCCGAGCUCCGGUGUCGUUUCAUCCCGUCUGAGAGGAUCUAUAAGGGGCCGGAUAGCGAGUUCGGUCGUGUCUCUUUUUGGGGGGGGGAAAUACAGUCUUGUCUUUGCGAGCGUUGUUCUCCAGUUGCCCUUCAAGACAUAUGGAGAAAAUGGCCAGACCUCUUCCUAUAAACCCAACUUUCCUGCCGCCGACACACGGCGUACUGAAAUCCCUGCUGGAAAAUCCGCUGAAACUGCCUUUCCAUCAUGAUGAAGGUUUUGGGAAAGACAAGGAGAAGGAGAAGAAGCUUGAAGAUGAGAGCAGCGCAGCCAACCACCCACAGUCAGCCUUCCUCGGGCCGACCCUUUGGGACAAGACCCUGCCCUACGAUGAGGACAACUUUCAGCUGGAGUACAUGGACCUGGAGGAGUUCCUGUCAGAGAACGGCAUCCCCGCCAACACAGCCCAGAGUGACCAGGCCCAGCAAGCGGCGCAGCGGGCGCAGGCGCCGCCACCCGCCCCACCCACGCCCACCGUAGUGGACCUCAGCAGCCGCGCCACCACCUCAGUUCACACAAGCAUGGCGCCUCAGACCUGCCUCCGCAGCCCCAGCACAGCAGCACUGCCCUCAGCCCGCGACACCCCCAGCCCUAUUGACCCAGAGUCCAUCCAGGUGCCCCUGAGCUAUGAGCCCGACCCACAAGACCUGGCUCUGUCUAGCGUGCCUGGCCAGGAAAUGUUCGACCCCAGGAAACGCAAGUUCUCCGCAGAGGAGCUGAAGCCACAGCCCAUGAUCAAGAAAGCCCGCAAGGUCUUCAUCCCAGAAGACCUAAAGGACGAUCGGUACUGGGCCCGGCGCAGAAAGAACAACGUGGCAGCCAAGAGGUCACGGGACGCCCGGCGGCUGAAGGAGAAUCAGAUCGCCAUCCGAGCCAGCUUUCUGGAGAAGGAGAAUGCCGCUCUCCGCGUGGAGGUAGCAGAGAUGAGGAAGGAGCUGGGCCGCUGCAAGAACAUUGUGGCUAAAUACGAGGCCCGACACGGGCCCCUGUGAGCCCCCCCCCCCCCCCCAAAAAAACAACCACCACCACCUACCCAACAACCAACUCACACCCACUUCACUCCCCUGACCCAACUUUCCUAGAGUUUGAAGGACAAUGUGUCUCUCAUGGUGGCACUGCCCCCUGCUCCUCCUCCUCCUCCACCACCCCCACCCCUUCUUCCUCCCUGACACAAACCUUCCGUCUCACCCUCCACCCUCCCUCAACACACACCUGUAUGAUUCUGGUAUUGUAACUGUCAUUUUGACUUCUAUCAUAAGCUUCAAUUUGUCUGUUCCUUCUUUUAUUUUUCUGUACACAUUGUUUGACUAAAUAUAUAUAUAUAUAUAUAUACAUAGAUACAUAUAUGUAUUUACACACGCAUACUUCCCACUUUAAUGUACUGUGAGGAGUUAUGAGCCAACCCACCAGCUGAGUCCCCUGCUACCUUCCACUUUUGAGAAACGAUGCCAUGCUGUUUUGUUGUUCACUUUCAUACCAAUUUUAUACGUGAGAUCAGGACUGAAAACUGUUGUUUCCUGUUUCCCUUCUUCUUCUUCUUCUGUGUUAUAACGUGGUGUGUCUGAGAGCCUGCUUAUGCCCCACAAAUCUUGUGUUUUUUAAACCCUGUAAAUGUUUGUUUUUCUCCCAUCAGCAACUUGAUCUUCUCUUUGACCCUUUUUAAAACUCUUCUCUUAAUGUUCAUGUUGUAUUUUAGUUGUCAGCGCUCUAACACUUACACAACUUCCCUUCGGCUUCUUUAACAGCAUUCUCGGUAUUUUAAUGUUCAGAUAGCACUUUAAAAAUACUUUUUUCCUGUGCGGUCGUGGCAUAGAUUUGCUGUUUUAUUUGUUUUAUUUUUCUUCAUCAACUGGUCACUGAGCAAUAAUUCCUGUCCAGAACUAAACUGACAUAACUACCUACAUAUUCCUCCCCCCGACCCCCCCCCCACAGGCUGAUCUCCCCCCUCUCUCCACCUCGCAUUUCAGCUCACCUCUGUUAACUAAGAUAACUUUAUAUAACCUCUGCACUAAUGCGUGUCUCACAAUCUGAUCCAGUGCAAUGUUUCCACUCACUCAAAAUUUUCUCCGCCUCAUAUUUAUCUACCUUUUAUUUCUCAGAUGGAAGAUUGUUGUUUUUUUAUAUAUAUAAAUAUAUAUAUAUGUAUUCUGUUAAUAUAAUUGUUAGUAUUAAUACUACUCUUGACAUUGUUGUUGUUUAGCUUCCUCCUUGUUUUCAGAUUUAAGCAUGAUUUUCCUUUCACAGAACGAAAAAGCUAUUCGCAAAUCUUUUUUUUUUUGCAAAGUUGUUGAUAAUUCGUUUUGCUUCUGUUUAACUUAGCAUGAUUAAUAUGAGUGUUUUUAUUUUAGAAAUCAAUACAGAUGUCUGUAGUCUCUCAUCGUAGCUCUAUGUUUGCCCUCUUUUUAAAGAUGGCUGUAUGAAUGUAAAAGAUGUUGACAACAAAAAGGUUGGAUGGUGUUGUCCAAUACUGUGGUUAACCCAAUCAGUUUGUUUACUGCAGACCAAACGAUUCACAACAGAGAUGAUAUAUUGGUUACAAAAGAUAUGUUUAUAUAAACCUAUUCUAUAAGUUGUUCUUUUUGUACAGUAUUUUUCCUAUACAUUACUGAACUAUGUAUUUUAAAGGCACAACAGAUCCAGAAUAUUAUUGAAGAAUACAAGUACAUAACUCAAAGACAAAUGCAUAUAGUGGUAUUUUGAUAUUCUAUAUUAGCUAGGAUGUGGUAGUUUCACAGAGAUAUUGAACAGCACCCAAACCUCCUGGGCAUUAUUAUUAUUAUUAUCACUAUCACUAUGAGUACUAUUAUUAUUAUUAUGGCAACACUCCUGCUUGUGUUGGCGCCGCGUUUAGGCUCCCAUAUCAUAAAAAUCCCAUUUAACUCUGAGGAAGCAGAUGCUGAAAAAUGCAGUCUGGGAGAGAGAAUGUACAGUUAAGGCACUUUUUAAAACCCAUCAACUCAAACACAACAAGGAAACGCACGUUUGUUCAUCAUGUUGAGUGUUGUAUCUUUCCCAUGACACGUCCCUGCAUCAUUUAAUGAGUCGUCCAGACUUUUCUUUCAAUUCUUACGUUUUUGAGGCUUUUUUUUUUUUUUUUUUUUAAACUGCGCAGCUUGUGAGUUUCUUUCUGAUCUGAUUUGACGGGAUGAAGUUACUAUGAAGGAAGGGAAAUCUAUAGCUGGUUACUAUUGCUGCUCUGUGUGUGAUUAGUUCCUUCUGCUAAUGCAGUUGUAGCGUGUCCCUGAACCUGAGUGAUGGACACUGGGAGGCUUUCUUUGUUUUCUCUUAAAUGAAGGCUUACAGUGGAGUUUCCCCAAAUGUUAGUUUUGUCGGAGUGUAGAGCUGCAUGCUGCUUUUUGCCCAUCGGUCUAAGACUAGGAUGCGACCAGUUCAUGUUUUUAAGGGCUGACGUUGACAUUUCUGAUCAUUUGUAUGGAAGUCCAGGGCUGCAAAUAUAAAGAUGAACGGUUAGACAUUUUGGGAUAUUAUCUGCUUUCUUUCUGUCAGUCAGCUGGGAAUAUUAAUACCACUUUCAUAUGUGCACAAUAAAUAAAGUCACAGUUAGCAGCCGAUUAGCUUAGCUUAGCUUAGCUUAGCUUAGCUUAGCAAAAAGACUUUAAACAGAGGGAAACUGCUCUGACAGAUUUUUCAAAAGUGAUAAAAUGAUUUUUAUUUUGGUAAUUAUAUGCAUUUUCAAACCUAAAAAUAAAAAUGGAGCUGUUAACACAUUUUUUGACAUACAUCAUGCGCUCACAGACAGCAAAUGAAAUCUCUAUUUAAGUAAAUGAUUUUAUUUUAAUAGUGGCAGCCCUGGACUUCCAUAUUUUGUGUUCAUUCUUGAGGCAUCAGUAUCUGGUUUGCUUCAGGGUGGAAACAGGAUUUCAAAAACCCAAAUGAAACGAUCAGAGAUGCCAAUAACAGCCCAAUCAAACUGGUCAGAUCCCAGUACAGACCUGGUUGACCAUUAGUGAUCCAACCCAAAGGUGUGUGUGUGACGGAAAAGGGUUAUUUUCUAACCACAAACUAUGGUCUUAGUAUUUUUGCGCUUCAAAGGGUGUUGGAAGACUGGAACGAUGCCUCCUAAAUCUGUGGAGCAUCUUUUUAUGAAAUCAUAUAUAUGUAUGUAUAAUAGGAAAAAGCCAAUAAUUAAUCCAUGUGUAUCCCAAAAGUACCUCACCGUCGAGUGAUUUCACUACCUCACCCGGAAACGUUAACCAUACUCCUGAGUCUAUUCCAGUGCCUUGAAUCCACUGACUGUUCCCCAGUCUCUCAGCAAUGUAAAGCUCUCAUCACUGCACCAACCGAAUAGGUUCAGAUCUGCACUGAAGGGCUUCUUAGUGCAUCAAAAAGUAUAUAUAUUAUACUCACUGACAACUCUCUUCAUUUCUUAUUUUGGACAUUGCAAUAGACUUGUAACCAUUGUAUUCAUGGCAACACCAACGGACUGUUUCAGAGUGUUUAAAAAUACAACUUAAAGGUGUAUUCGGUCUUGAUUGUCAUUGAAUGGAUGCAUAACAUUUAUUUGUGCUGUUCAGCCCUCGGCCUCUCCGUCUCUCUGUAAUUUGUAGUGUCUAAUAAAAUCCCAAUUCUUUUCA